CAUUAGUGUAUAUAUUUGAUAAAACUAUCUGAACCAUUACUGAAUAUAUUUGAUAAACUAUCUGAACCAUUACUGCAUAUAUUUGAUAAGCUAUCUGAAUCAUUAGUGCAUAUAUUUGUUAAACUAUCUGAACCAUUACUGCAUAUAUUUGAUAAACUAUCUGAAUCAUUAGUGCAUAUAUUUGAUAAAACUGUCUGAGCCAUUACUGCAUAUAUUGAUAAACUAUCUGAAUCAUUAGUGCAUAUAUUUGAUAAAACUGUCUGAGCCAUUACUGCAUAUAUUGAUAAACUAUCUGAAUCAUUAGUGCAUAUAUUUGAUAAAACUGUCUGAGCCAUUACUGCAUAUAUUGAUAAACUAUCUGAAUCAUUAGUGUAUAUAUUUGAUAAAACUGUCUGAGCCAUUACUCAUAUUUUUGAUGAGAACAUCUGAACCAUUACUGUAUAUAUUUGAUUAGAUUAUCUAAGCCAUUACUGUAUACAUAUAUAUAUAUAUACAAUAUAUAUAACUGUCUUAUCUAUUAUUGAAUACCAGUGUUUGAGAGGAAAGUACGAAUGAUAACUGCAUAUAUUUUAUGUACCUAUUUAGUCCAUUAUUGUUUACCAGUAUUUGAGAGGAAAAUAGGUGCCAUUACUGAGUAUGUUUUAUGUAACUAUCAAAUUUCUUGUUGUUUACCAGUAUUUGAGAGGAAAAUAGGACUCACUACUGUUUAUGUUUUAUGUAACUAUCAAAUUUCUUGUUGUUUACCAGUAUUUGAGAGGAAAAUAGGUGCCAUUACUGAGUAUGUUUUAUGUAACUAUCAAAUUUCUUGUUGUUUACCAGUAUUUGAGAGGAAAAUAGGACUCACUACUGUUUAUGCUUUAUGUAACUAUCAAAUUUCUUGUUGUUUACCCGUAUUUGAGAGGAAAAUAGGUGCCAUUACUGAGUAUGUUUUAUGUAACUAUCAAAUUUCUUGUUGUUUACCCAUAUUUGAGAGGAAAAUAGGUGCCAUCACUGAGUAUAUUUUAUGUAACUAUCAAAUUUCUUGUUGUUUACCAGUAUUUGAGAGGAAAAUAGGACUCACUACUGUUUAUGUUUUAUGUAACUAUCAAAUUUCUUGUUGUUUACCAGUAUUUGAGAGGAAAAUAGGUGCCAUUACUGAGUAUGUUUUAUGUAACUAUCAAAUUUCUUGUUGUUUACCCAUAUUUGAGAGGAAAAUAGGACUCACUACUGUUUAUGUUUUAUGUAACUAUCAAAUUUCUUGUUGUUUACCAGUAUUUGAGAGGAAAAUAGGUGCCAUUACUGAGUAUGUUUUAUGUAACUAUCAAAUUUCUUGUUGUUUACCAGUAUUUGAGAGGAAAAUAGGACUCACUACUGUUUAUGUUUUAUGUAACUAUCAAAUUUCUUGUUGUUUACCAGUAUUUGAGAGGAAAAUAGGUGCCAUUACUGAGUAUGUUUUAUGUAACUAUCAAAUUUCUUGUUGUUUACCCAUAUUUGAGAGGAAAAUAGGACUCACUACUAGGAAAAUAGGUGCCAUUACUGAGUAUGUUUUAUGUAACUAUCAAAUUUCUUGUUGUUUACCCAUAUUUGAGAGGAAAAUAGGACUCACUACUGUUUAUGUUUUAUGUAACUAUCAAAUUUCUUGUUGUUUACCAGUAUUUGAGAGGAAAAUAGGUGCCAUUACUGAGUAUGUUUUAUGUAACUAUCAAAUUUCUUGUUGUUUACCAGUAUUUGAGAGGAAAAUAGGACUCACUACUGUUUAUGUUUUAUGUAACUAUCAAAUUUCUUGUUGUUUACCAGUAUUUGAGAGGAAAAUAGGUGCCAUUACUGAGUAUGUUUUAUGUAACUAUCAAAUUUCUUGUUGUAUACCCGUAUUUGAGAGGAAAAUAGGUGCCAUUACUGAGUAUGUUUUAUGUAACUAUCAAAUUUCUUGUUGUUUACCCAUAUUUGAGAGGAAAAUAGGACUCACUACUGUUUAUGUUUUAUGUAACUAUCAAAUUUCUUGUUGUUUACCCGUAUUUGAGAGGAAAAUAGGUGCCAUUACUGAGUAUGUUUUAUGUAACUAUCAAAUUUCUGGUUGUAUACCCGUAUUUGAGAGGAAAAUAGGUGCCAUUACUGAGUAUGUUUUAUGUAACUAUCAAAUUUCUUGUUGUUUACCCAUAUUUGAGAGGAAAAUAGGACUCACUACUGUUUAUGUUUUAUGUAACUAUCAAAUUUCUUGUUGUAUACCCGUAUUUGAGAGGAAAAUAGGUGCCAUUACAGAGUAUGUUUUAUGUAACUAUCAAAUUUCUUGUUGUAUACCCGUAUUUGAGAGGAAAAUAGGUGCGAUUACUGUUUAUGUUUUAUGUAACUAUCAAACUUCUUGUUGUUUACCAGUAUUUGAGAGGAAAAUAGGUGCCAUUACUGAGUAUGUUUUAUGUAACUAUCAAAUUUCUUGUUGUUUACCCAUAUUUGAGAGGAAAAUAGGACUCACUACUGUUUAUGUUUUAUGUAACUAUCAAACUUCUAGUCGCCAGUCAACAAGGUUAUAUACCGUUAUCAUAUAGCUGGGUGAUGGCUGGGGGAAGGACUGACCAGUAAUGUACAACAUGUUUGUCUCUAUUAUCUCUGAUAUAAUGUACCUACUCACAGGGACAGAACAUAUUGUUUGUCAGCUGAGACAAGAGACACACAUAAACAUGUGUACAUGUUCCCUAUCUGAAUAAGUGUCUACUACACACACAUUAGAUCUUUCUUCUAGCUGGUUAUUUAGAAAGUUGGCCCCUUUGAGUAUAACAUCUUCUAGGAUCUGAAUCCCCAGGUUUAUUCUGUGAUCAUACAGUGUAAUGUUUAACUGCUCCUGACAAUUUCUUUCACAAAUGUUACCAAAAGUUCAUUUUUUGUUGUCAGAUGGCCAAGUCAGGUAAUGAUGUUGAGUCUAAUGUCUCAAAUCCCAUAUGAGUCAAAAUGUUGUAGUUAAUACCCAGGAUUAAAUGACAGCAGGUUUCAGAUGCUGAUAAAUUGGUUUGAAAGUGAAAUAAGAACUGCACCUUGAGCAUGUACUAGUGGAUAUGAGUACUAUAUAAAUAUCCUAUAAUAUGAUUAUUAUUACAGUUAUUUACAGUUGGUAUAUAUGUACACCUAUGACACUUACGAUUGUUUCUAUAUUCAGUGUAAUGUAAAACUGGCAAUAUGCUCCCAGUUACCCCCAUUCGCCUGAUGAAGGAGUUAGAAUAUACUCCGAAACUUUGUGUUCCUCAAAUAAAGAAACUGACAUCCGU